ACUGAUUGGUCUGACCAUCUCCACUCUGAACCUUUGUCAAACCGUGUAAAACCUUUCCAAAUCAAACAUUAGAAAAAAUAUCAGAAAAUUGCUACAUACUUUCUUGGUCUUUUCCUCAAACCAUUCCUUACUUCAUGUCUUUUCUAAUAAGUUAUCUUCCCAAAUAAUGUCUUCUUUGCAACAAACAAUUAUAUCAUUCACAAUCAUCUCAACUUCUCUAUUGUAGAUUCUCUCCCCAGUUUGGAACUUCUGUGAGGUAAGAAUUAAUGGACUGGUGCAGAAUAUUUUUUAUACUCUACAAGAGGAUUGAUUUAUAGGAAUUUGAUUCCAGAGAAGAGAUACAAUUGGCAGGUGUAUAAAUUUUUACCAUGGUAGGAUUGGAACUUAUACCAAUAGGUACAAUAUUAACUGUGGUAACAAGCCAAGUCUUGAGAACUGCUCAUGCAGCAGCUGAUGUUCUUAUUGGAAAAGAGAGUUUCAAGGCACUUUCGAAAUACCUAUUUGAUAUUGAGCCGGUACUCAAGGAACUACAGCUUCAAGAAUUGAACGAUUCUCAACCUGCUAGAGUUGCUCUAGAGUCCCUUGAAGCAGAUGUUAAAAGGGCGAAUAAUAUGGUUGAGAAGUACAAGAACCGCGGCCGUUUCUACUUGCUAGUUAAAUGCCGGUCCAUAGUCGAGGAAGUUGAGCAAGUUACAAGGGAUAUUGGAAGGUCUCUGGCUGCACUGUCUAUUGCAAAUACUGAAGUGCUAUCGAGAAUUUCUGAUCAGGUUGAUAGACUACAAGGUGAGAUGCAAAGGGUUGAGUUCGAGGCUUCACAGUCUCAGCUUGAAAUUGUUGACAAGUUGAACCAAGGACUAAGAGAUCAGAAACAGGACCAGGCUUUCGCAAAUGACAUACUUGAGGAGAUUGCAAGGGCAGUUGGCGUGCCGGUGGAACCGUCCGAGAUAGGAAAAGAGUUGGCCAGCAUUAGGAAGGAAAAAGAAGAAGCUGCAAAUAGGAAAGAAAAAGCCGAAUUUGUUUUCUUGGAGCAGAUCAUUAAGUUACUUUCUAGAGCCGAUGCAGCAAGGGAUUAUGAAGAAGUUAAGAAUCAAUACUUUGAAAGGGUUCAGGUGAUAGAGAGAUAUGAUUCAAGGGAAAAAUAUAUCCAACCUCUUAAGUCUUUCCUUUGCCGCAUAAACGGAGCUGUUAUGGUUGAUCCUGUUAGCCUUUCCACUGGCACUACAUGUGAGAGAUCAGCUAUUGAAAGUUGGUUUUAUGAUGGAAACAGAACAGAUCCAGAAACACAAGAGGUUCUUGAAGAUACUAGCUUAAGGUCUAACAUUCCACUAAGACAAUCGAUCGAAGAGUGGAGAGAACUCAAUUAUUGUCUUUUGAUAAGGUCUAUCCGGGAAAAUUUGUCGUUAAAUUCUAAUCUGAAAGAAUCCCUGAGCCAAAUGCAGGCUCUAAUAGCUGAAAAUUCUAUUAACAAGGAUUGGAUCUCUAUUGGGGAGGUUACUGAUACCGUUAUCUCGAUCCUUGGGAACUCUAAUGACAGAGAAGUGAAGAUGAAGAUUUUGAUCACUUUGAAGGAUGUUGUAGAGGGGCAUGCAAGAAACAAGGAGAAACUCGCUGAAUCUCAAGGAUGGGAUCAUAUUAUUUCGUGCUUGGAAAGCAACUCUAACAUUUCCAAGGCAGCAAUUGAUUUGUUACAUGAGUUGCUUCAAGAAAGAUCUGGUUGGAAUCAAUGUUUUUGCAAAAAACUUUCUGAGAACGACACUGCAGUUUUUAACCUUGUAACCCUUGUGAAGGACCCUGGAAACGAUUCAGCAGAGCUGGCGAUGAAAAUUUUGAUGGAGCUUUUUGAAAUAAAUGAAAACAGCAUUGUCACUGCUGCUAAUUGUGGCUGGUAUAAGCCACUAGCUGAUCGCAUGAUUCGAGGACCUGAUUCAAGAAUGUCAAUGGCAAAAGCCAUAGUUAAUUUGGAGUUGGAUGAUUUAAACUUGAUGCAACUUGGAAAGGAAGGAGUUAUAACUCCUUUGAUAGAAAUGCUGUCUGGCAGUAUCGAAUCGAAAGACCUUUCAUUAUCAGCUCUGGUUAAACUAGCUGGAUCUCAUCCCAACAAGGGAAUCAUUGCUUCAUCUGGGGGUGUUCCUCUUAUUCUAGGUUUAAUGUUCUCUCCUCGGACAAGGUCAUUCAUUACAAUUAAAUGCUCCGAAAUCCUCGAGAAACUUUCUUCUUCUGACGAUGGAAUUGAUUUCUUUACUGAUGGAGAAGGGAAACAACUUGAGUUAGAUUCAAUUAUCACCAAAUUGCUAGUUUUGCAACAGAGUUCCAACUCAGGCCACAAUCUCCGUAAGCCCACCCUACGCGCUCUUCUUGGCAUUUGCAAGUUCGAGACUGGUUUAGUGAAGAAAGCAAUUCUUGCAGCCAAUGGUGUAUCUCUGAUUCUUCCACUUCUUGAUGAUUCUGACUCAGAAGUCCGAGAGACUGCAAUAAACCUGCUCUUUCUUUUCUCUCAGCAUGAACCAGAAGGAGUAGUUGAAUACCUUUUCAAGCCUAGAAGGCUAGAAGCUUUGAUUGGAUUCCUCGAGAACGACGACAAUGAUAACGUACAAAUGGCUGCAGCUGGCUUACUAGCUAACCUACCAAAAUCCGAACGAGAACUAACUACAAAGUUGAUUGAAAUGGGAGGACUUGAUGCAAUCAUAAGCAUUUUAAAAACAGGCAAAAUGGAAGCAAAAGAAAAUGCUCUCAGUGCACUCUUCAGGUUCACAGAUCCUACAAAUAUCGAGUCACAACGCGAUUUGGUUAAACGUGGAAUAUAUCCUUUGCUUGUUGAUUUUCUCAAUACAGGUUCAGUCACUGCAAAGGCAAUUGCAGCAGCUUUCAUCGGAGAUCUUUCUAUGAGCACGCCAAAGCUCACAGUUAUUUCCAAACCAAACGGUUGCUGGUUUUUCAAAUCAUCGCGCGUUCCUUUAUGUGCAGCUCAUGAUAGCGUCUGCAGUGUGACCACAACAUUUUGUCUAUUGGAAGCGAAUGCUUUACCUGGUUUGAUAAAGCUGUUACAUGGUGAGGUUCAUGCAACUGCUUAUGAAGCAAUACAAACACUUUCUACAUUGGUAUUGGAAGAGCAUCCGCAGAGGGGUGCUCGUUUGUUGCAUGAGAAAAAUGCAAUGAGACCUUUAUUGGAGAUUUUGACUUGGGGUAGUGAGUCACUUAAGGCAGAAGCUUUAGGACUUUUGGAGAAGGUUUUUGUGUCAAAGGAAAUGGUGGAAUAUUAUGGAACGACGGCUAGAUCGCGUUUGAUUUGUUUGACCGGCAGUAAUAUUUAUGGAGACGGACACCUUCGAAGGAAAGUUGCUAAGGUAUUGUCAUUGCUUGAACGUUAUUCUAAGUCUUCAUCAUCUGCAAUCUCUGGAGUUUUGGAGUGAAACUCUAGGCCAUAAAGUGGGAACAGAUUUGCUUCAGCCAUAGUCUGAUUUUCAUAUUUGAUCUAUUAGGUAGACAUGUAUGAUACGUGUCACUUUAAUGCAUCAACGUUAAAACUCUUGAAGAAGGCCUAUCUAGUCGUGUGAUUCUACCUAACUUGAAAGAUUAAUUUGUGUAGUUGUGUGCAGUGAUACCUUGUUUAUACAAAGAAAAAGAUGGAGUACAAUUAGAUGUCACUGAGUUGUUCUUGGAUAUUUGCGUCGGUUAAAUUAAAUCCUAAUUCUUUAAUGUAAAUUAAGUUUCUCUUGAAAAUUAAAUCAAUUAUCAGUAUUUUCCUCUGUGUUCUCACCUA